UGUUUAGUACACGGGCACUGGUUAAAUUUUAUCACGAACCGGGACGCGUAGCUGAUUAGCUCUCGAUGUUGGAGCUGGUGAAAUUCAUCGCAUGCUCUUUGUCCACUGAUCAUGGCAUCUGAUUAAUUGUUAAUCCACUGAUGAGGUCCUUUAUGGUUUCAAUUUUUUUAAUCACUCAUGAGUGACAAUGUUCCCAUUAUAAAACCAACACCUUGGCUGGCAUCCGUAUUUUUCAUAGAGAAUAUUUUCAGAACAUCUAGAAAGAGAUUCUUUAACCAGAAGGAAUUCAGUGCAGAUGUAGGAUGCCUAUCCAGAAGUUUUCGCAGCUCAUGCAUGAUGAAAUCAUCAAAGAUUUGACCUUUUCGAACUGAGUUUGUGUGAACAGGAUGGAGUCUCAGGCGAAGCAUGCUGUGGUUGUUAAAGUGAUGGGACGCACUGGCUCCAGAGGGCAAGUGACUCAAGUUAGAGUCAAGUUUUUGGAUGAUCAUAACCGUUAUAUUAUGAGGAAUGUGAAAGGACCUGUGAGAGAAGGAGACAUUCUUACCUUACUUGAGUCUGAAAGGGAAGCUAGAAGACUUCGCUAGAGGGUUUCUCUCUGGUUUUUCCUUUUCUUAUUUUGGAUGCUCAAGAUUUUACUAUUUUCUCGUGGUAGAUGAUGGAUGCCAGAUCUAUUGCAUCCUUGGUUGUGAAAGAUAUUCGUACAACGACUGGGUUUAGAUAUUGUUGAGCCUCUGUUUGAAAUUUCCUGUUUGGAUUCGUUUGCCCUUUAAUUAUUGGAUUAGUUUGGAUCAGUUUGCCC